AUGGUAGCUGAACUGCGAGUUGACGUACGUGAGUCUUCACAGCAUCAUAACGAUUUGAAAAGCGAACAGAUAACGAUGCUCAAGAUGGCUUCGCUAGUAGUGCUCAUCACAAUCAUCGCAGUCUUCUUUCAAGGAAACGAAGCAUAUGCUAUUAGAACGGAGCAAAACCAAGGACAGAAACAGAACUUAGAAGAUGACUACCAGGAUGCUGAACCAACGCAGAACCUAUCUCGAGACGGCUCUCUACUGCUACCUGCGAUCAAUGAACCAUUGCCUGGAUCUGUUUUCGGACUUUCUAUGCCACAGGACGCUAGCAUAGUUCACUUGGUUUUGAAUUUAGACAAUUCAACGGCAAAACGCAUUGGGAAGUUAAUAAGAGGAUUCACCACCUUCCAGCAGUCAUUUGAUCGUACUGUGCAUUUAACGAAUCCGUUUCUUACCUUAAACGAAAUCGAUCCACUGAAACAAAAGAGUGCCAGGAAUGAUUUCGUUCGACAAACUAAAGAGAUCAAAUGGGUAAGCGCAGUUGCUUCGCACAGAAUGAAGCUAGUCAAGCUAUAUGAAGAACUUAGUUUCAUGUGCAACUAUCUCAAAACUAAUUCGGAAAUAUCAAUCCAGGAGAUAGCAACCGUGAGAGAAAAGGAAAAAGAUCUUCAAUUCAAAAAACAACAGGCAAAUACCUUAACGUGGUCGUCAGUUGAAGAUACAUUAAUUCAGUGA